CCUAGUAACCAGAAGGAACGUAAAUAUUGAGGGACAGUUUAGCACGGUGAAAUCGGGUGAAAUGCUUAAUGAGUGUGAAGAACUUUUAUUUUGAAAUGUUAUUAAAGUAUUUUUAUAUCGCUAAAAAAGAUAUAUUUAAAAUAUUUUAAAAUGACGCGCAAUGCAGCAUGAGGGGGAAUUUUAUUAGCGAGAGUAGUGAGUAGUAAGAUCUUGAAUUUUGAAAAACAGAGAGAACGGGCUCUUGUUAGCUUCAGUGAGGUGUCUUUCCGGAGCGUCAUGGGAGUGCACGGACUGUGGAAGUUGCUGGAAAGCACGGGGAAGCCGAUCAAUCCAGAGACGCUGGAGGGAAAGGUUCUCGCUGUCGACAUCAGUAUAUGGCUGAAUCAGGCCGUGAAGGGAGUAAGGGAUCGUGAUGGCAACAGUGUCCAGAAUGCUCACCUCCUCACACUCUUUCACCGCCUCUGCAAGCUGCUCUUCUUCCGCAUCAAACCCGUAUUCGUCUUCGAUGGCGACACGCCGUUCCUCAAGAGAGAGACUGUGGCCAAACGGAGACAGAGGAAAGAGGAGGUGAACAGGGAGUCCAAGGAGACCACUGAGAAAUACCUCAAGACCUUCCUGAAAAGACAAGCGAUUAAAGCUGCACUGGGUGAGAAGAGUCAAGAGAAGUUCCCGAGCAUUUCCAGUGUGAGAAGAGAGGAAGUUGACGAUAUGUAUGUGUUGCCUGCUCUGGAAGAGAGGGAGAGGAACAGCUCUGAUGAGGAGAUGGAGAAAGAAUGGGAGCAGUCCACGCAGAACCAAAUAAUGUGGCAGGACCACAUGUUGGAGAAUCCAAACUCCAUGGACAUCGACUCAGAGGAAUUCGCCGUCUUACCUGCAGAGAUAAAACAUGAGAUCCUGAAGGACAUGAAGGAGUUCAGCAAGAGACGCCGUACCAUGAUUGAGAAACCCCCAGAGAUGUCCAAGGAAUUCUCCCAGUACCAGCUGGCAGGUCUCCUCCGUCGGAACCAGCUGAACAACCGCAUCGAGACCGUGGAGAAGGAGAUGAACCAGAAGAGCUCUGCUGGAGUGAUGGAGGAGUACAGGGAGGAGGACGGGCAGGAGCGUAGCGUGGAGGCCCGCCGCCUCGUGUCAGAGGACUCCUCCCACUACAUCCUCAUCAAAGGGUCUAAGAAGAGUGAGAAGCCAGCAGAGACGCGGCCGGCUGUGCCAGCCUGGCCCAGCAGCUCCAGGGGGGCGCGGGGCAGACCGGAGCCUCUCUGGCGCCCCAUAUCUGAGGACAGCCCUGAGGAGGAGCCUCCCUCGCCCCCGGCUGCAGGACCCCCUUCCCCCAGGACCCUGCAGGCCAUCCAGGCGGCCAUGAUGAGCAGCGGCUCGGAUGAAGAGGGCGGGGCUGGGGGCCAGGGGGCGGACAGCCGGCGGGGGGCGGGAGAGCUCUCGCCUCGAACCCUGCUCGCCAUACAGCGAGCCCUGACUGAGGACCAGCCUGCCCCCGGGACCCUGCCAGACCAGCAGUCUGCAGAGCCCCACCAACACGCCCCUCUGCUCAGAGAGUGUGUUACUAUCAGCAGCUCUGAGGACGAGGAGGGAGAGCCCAGCGAAGAGAGGAAGGAGGCCUUCAGCACAAACAUGCUGUCUCAGAAGACAGGACUGGCGGAGGGGCCAAGACCCGGGGAGAGGGCGGGGCUGAGUGAGGGGGCAGGAUUGGAGGAGAGGGCAGGAUACGGGAAGGGGGGAGUACUGGACAGCAGGUUGAACAACGAGCGGCAUUUGCAUCUUGCCCCCCAGGACAUCCACGAUUCGGAGUCCUCUGAUUCCAGCCAUCCAGACACCUCCCAAGAAGAACAGGCGUCAGUGUCAUCCACACAUGCACAGCCACUGAAUGGAAGCCGCAGCUGGGAGAAACCACACCCUUCAGCCAACAUCCUCUGCCCACCCCAUGACCAGGAAGUGGCCACCAUGACAGGAAGUACACAGGUGCAACGACGGCUGAAGGCUGUCACUCCCUUCCUGGCACAGAUACCUGAGGAGAGCUCUCUGGAAGAGGGGGAGGAGAAGAGGGACAAAGAGGAGAGGGCGGGGCAGAGCAUGGAGAAGGUGGAGAGUGAGGAGAGUGACUCAGAAGAGAGUUUCAUCGAGGUGCCCCAGGGGGAGGGUGAAGAGGAGGUGGGGCCAGAUGAUGAGCCGCUAAAGAUGGAGGAACACGACGUCAGGUCUGCUGGGCGGGAGGAGGCAGAGGAGACGGAAUCCCUGAAGGAGUCCCCGAGUUCUAGACCCGAGACAGAGCAGGAAGUCCAGCAGCUGCAGGAUGCUCCUGCAACCCCUGCAUCCAGCGAGUGGGCCCACAUAGAUCCGGGGGAGCUGGCGCAGCUGGAGAGCUCCCUGCAGUCGCAGCAGAGCAGCCUGCGGGCGCAGAAGCAGCAGCAGGAGCGCGUCGCUGCCACCGUCACGGGACAGAUGUGUGCGGAGAGCCAGGAGCUGCUGAAGCUCUUUGGGGUGCCCUUCCUGGUGGCUCCGAUGGAGGCGGAGGCGCAGUGCGCCGAGCUGGACCUGACGGACCACACCCACGGCACCAUCACCGACGACAGCGACAUCUGGCUGUUCGGCGGCCGGCACGUCUACAAAAACUUCUUCAGCCACAGCAAAUACGUGGAGCACUACGAGUUCUCUGACCUUCAGACCCAACUAGGGCUGGACCGCACUAAGCUCAUUAACCUGGCGUACCUGCUGGGCAGUGACUACGCAGAGGGCCUCGCGGGUGUGGGCUACGUAACGGGCAUGGAGAUCCUGAAUGAGUUUCCAGGACCAGGCCUCGAGCCUCUGAUCAGCUUAUAUGAUUGGUGGAAAGAAGCCCAGGAGAACAAGAAGCUGUCUGCAAAUCCCCGGGACACCAAGGUGAAGAAGAAGCUGAGGAAUCUCCAGCUUCACCCCGGCUUCCCCAAUCCUGUGGUCGCCCAGGCAUACCUGCAGCCCGCCGUGGACCAAUCAGGCGCCGCCUUCACCUGGGGACAGCCCCACCUGGAGGACAUCAAGGAGUUCUGCCAGAGCCGCUUCGGCUGGAGCAGCAGGAAGACGGAGGAGGUCCUUCAGCCCGUCCUGAAGCAGCUCAACGCCCAGCAGACGCAGCUGAGGAUCGACUCCUUCUUCCGGCUGGAGCAGCAGGACCGCCAGGCCAUCCGGAGCCAGCGGCUGCGCAGAGCCGUCACCUGCCUGAAGAGGAAGGAGCACGGGCAGGAGGAGGAGGAGGAGGAGCAGGAGGAGAGCUGCUCCCCAGCUAAGACCAAGAGGGGGAAGACAGUGGAGGAGGCGCCGGCUGACGCUGGGAGGCCGGCGGCAUGGGCUGGGGGGUUCCUGGGCUCAGGAGACGCCGCCCUCUUUCCGGGGGAGGAGCAGGAGGGCAGCGAUGAGGACACGGAGCAGAAGAGCGCCCCCUGCGGGGCGCCGCCCAAACUCAGCCCUCCGAGGCCUGCACACAGCAACAGCAGUAGCAGCAGCACCGGGGACGACAGUGACCCUGGCGACAGGGUCACCAUGGUUACCGCGCGCCCUGUGUUCCAGAGCAAAGGGAGGGGAAGGCAGCGGAAGAACAAGAGGAAGCAGUGAGCUGGGCAUCGUCCCAGGUUGACGAGACUCGGUGAACUGUGAGAUAAAACAUAUGAAAUGCUCUCUGGUGGGGAGUCAGUGUGUUCUAACGGACACAGACCGCACAAAGGAAGUGUAGUGUUACUAGUAUGGCUGUUACAACCUAGAAUUAUGCAGAUUGUAAAUCUUGUAGGUGUCAUUUCAGAACAGCGAGAAUGCUGUGUGAUGUGCUUUUGUGACACAGAGAUGUGUAUUUUUAUACUUUUUGAAGAGUACUGGAAUAAUGAAAUUGUAUGAUGUAGUGUUUCCACUCAUAGAAACUUUUUUGCCACUGUCAAUGCCAACGUAUAUAAUGCUUUGUGAAUAUAUAACAGGAAGUUUACCAAUGAUACAAGAAUAAAUAAAAGAAUAUGUAAGAUUAAAACUUAUGCUUGAAGACGAAUGCUUAUGUCUUUCCUGUCAUGGAUGGGCUGCAACAAUAGGCUUACAGUAAAUGAUACUGACUUGGUGCUAUGCUGAGUAUAUCAGGGCUUUUGAUUAUUAGUAUUCCAGGCAUCUCUUUACAACAACCAGCUCAGUGGAAACAUAAUUUUUCUCAUGCCUGGCCUUGUUUGCUCUUUUGCUAUCUGAAAAUGUAAUGUCAGAUAUGCAUCUUAAAUGGUGAAAAUAAAACGGAUGAGAAACGUGA